UGCUCGUGCAAAGGUCGCAGUUCAAUGAAGCGUACAAGGCUCUGACGGCACGUUUGGACGACAGCAAACAGAUAAUGAUGGACCUAAUAGAAAUGGCCACGACGGCGUAUGAACAGAGGUAAUAUAUCAUAAGGGUGGGUGUAAGUUGUUCGAUCAAAACUCUCUUCUGAACUCUGCGCUGAAAUGAAGAAGACAAUAUAUUAUUAUCUUGUGGUAUAAUAUUAUAAUAUAUAGUUAGAUAAUAGAUACAGUAUUUUACACUAAUAUUAUAAUAUAAUAAUAUGUCGUUGCAUGUUUUUUAGAGAAGAUGCUCAAAACCGGUUGAUCAAUAUGAGUGACGAAGACAAACAACAGAUCGCUCUGCACAAAGCCGAAGUCAAAGAGUUGCAGAGGCAAUACGACCGUGAUUUAAAACUUCAAGAUUUUUUGUCUAUCAAAGGACAACAUCGCGUGCUCAUGGAUUUUGAACGUAAAGAAGAAGAGAAGAAACAAAAUGAAUUGGGAAGCCGAAAGGAACAAGCAGAAAAAUGGAUAGACUUGAUGGGGUGGCUACAAAUGUACGUGGGCGAGAGCAACAUUGACAGGAUUGUGGAUCUGUUCGUCCGGCAGGAAGAGGAGAACUUCGCGCUGUUCACGUACAUCAACGAGCUAAACAGCGAGGUGGACGACUUACAGAAAGAAGUUGUGGUGCUAAAGGAACGAGUGCAAGAGCAGCGGGCUAUUAACGAGUCAAGAGCGUCAAAACAAGAGGAAAACAUGAACGGACUAAGGACACACUUACAGCAGCUCGUCGACGACGCGGACCAAGAAGAUGAUCGAAUAAAAACCGUACACACCGAGUUGACCGAGCUUUUGCAAUCCGUCGAGAAACUAUUUCUGUCUGUCCACUGUGACCUUUCUCCGAUGUACAAGAUACUUGUUGAUGACAAUUAUAAUACCAACCGAGAAUCAAAUUUAAGUCCUAUGGCAGAAAGUCUUCUAGUAUUAUCUGAUUGCAGAGCUCAAACGUUUCUCACUGUGCGUAUGAUAUUGAGAAAAAUGUUUACAGAUGCAUUGCUUGAAAAGUUUAGCUACAAGGGUUUGAAAAAAAGAAAGUAUUCUAUACCUUGGCUACAUGUACAGUAAUUUUUGAUGCUAUAAAAAAAAAUGAAAAAAUUCAAAUUAGGCGAUGCUGUGGACAUUGAGACACCCAUAAGGACAUUUAUUUCUGGAGCUAAAUUCCGGGAACCAAAAAAAAAUCUACUUAUUUCUAAUGAACUACCAUCUUAAUAUAAUUUUUGUUUAAAUACUAUGUUUUAUGGUCAAGUGUACCAGUAUAAAUAUUUAUAUCUGUUUAAAU